AUGGACUUCGCACCUGCAGCAGCAGCCCUGGCGGGUGUAACCGCGGCAGCUUAUCUCAAUGGAAAAUACCACUUAAUGAAGGAUUUCAAGGUUAUGGCGACCAUGGUGAAGAGUCAGAAAACAACCGCGCGAGCCAUCGGAAAGGGAGAGGUUAAUCUGUGGUUCAACUUUCUGGAAACGGCCGAGAAGUACCCCGACACAACAGCGAUAUGGACUCGAAAUGGAUCAUACACCUUCCGCGAUCUCCAAGAACAAGCAUGCCAAUAUGGUCACUACUUCCUGUCUCAGGGAGUGAAGAAGGGCGAUCUGGUAGCCGUGUACCUGCAGAACCGAAUCGAGUUUAUGGCCGCAUGGCUGGGUCUCUGGAGCAUUGGGUGUGCUCCAGCCGGAAUUAAUUUCAACCUGUCUGGCGAACCAUUGGUUCACUGCUUGAAGUGCAGUGGUGCGAAGCUUCUCUUGGUGGAUGACGAUGCCACUUGCCAGGCGAAUGUCGAGGGGUGCCGGGAUACCUUAACUGGUGAACUUGGAAUGACCCCCGUUGUUGUGGACGAGGCUUUCAGAGCCCAUGCUCGCACCUUUGCCACAACUCCUCCUCCCAGAGACUUGGGACUCCAGAUGUCUGGUGGCUUCCCAGGUAUUCUUCUCUACACCUCGGGUACAACGGGAAUGCCCAAGGGAACCGCUUUCACCAUGUCUCGCUUGUACUCAACAAACACAGUUCGUGUUUUGCCAGUUGGAGAUAAGCCCGGGCCAAAUGGAGACCGUUGGUACAACUGCAUGCCCCUCUAUCACGGAACCGCCGCAACCGUGGUCAUUACCGCUAUUUUGAAUGGAACAGGUGUCGCACUGGCCCCGAAGUUCAGCGUCAGCAACUUCUGGAAGGAUGUCCGUGACUCGGAGGCCACUCUUUUUAUCUACGUUGGAGAGACUGCUAGGUAUCUUCUUUCCGCCCCGCCUUCCGCCCAAGACCGUAACCAUAAGGUUCGGGGUAUGUGGGGCAAUGGUCUCCGACCAGAUGUUUGGGAGAAGUUCCGUGAGCGUUUCAACGUUGCCGAGAUUUACGAGUUCUUCAACAGCAGUGAAGGUGUAUUUUCCUUGCUGAAUGUGAACUUCGGACCGUUUACAUCGGGCUGUGUUGGUCACCAUGGUGCACUCACGCGCGCAAUCCUGCGUAACACAUACGUUCCUGUUGCUAUUGACUCGGAAUCUGGAGAGAUCAUUCGCGAUGAAAAGACUGGCUUUGCCAUUCGUCCCUCUUUGGAAGAAGGUGGUGAGAUCCUGGUGAAGAUCCCUAACGAGGAAGCUUUCCAGGGUUACUGGAAUAAUGAGGGCGCUACUCAGAAGAAGUACCUGCGCGAUGUAUUCGUCAAGGGGGAUCUCUACUACCGUACUGGUGAUGCUCUCCGCCGAACAAAUGAUGGCCGCUGGUACUUCGUUGAUCGUUUGGGUGAUACAUUCCGUUGGAAGAGUGAGAAUGUGUCAACCGCUGAAGUCUCCGAGGCUCUGGGUCGAUUCCCUGGUGUCAUUGAAGCAAAUGUGUAUGGCGUUCUUGUCCCUGGUCAUGAAGGCCGUGCUGGCUGUGCGGCUUUACAAUUAAGUGCAGAGGAUAAGAAGAACUUGGACUUUGCUGAGUUGGCACGCUUUACGCGCUCAAAAUUGCCACGCUACGCAGUCCCUGUUUUCCUGCGCUUGGUUGAUAACCCAGUUCACAUCCACAAUAACAAGCAGAACAAGGCGCCGCUCCGUCAUGAAGGUGUUGACCCCGCGUUGAUUGGUACUAAGGUUCCUGAUGGACAAGCCGAUCAGCUCUACUGGCUUCCUCCUGGUGAGGAUGCCUAUAAGCCUUUUGGUGAGAAGGAGUGGGUAACUCUGACAGAAGGAAAGGCCCGUCUGUAA